UCAUUCCAGACAUAAGCAAGCCGAACCGGAAAACAUAACUGCCAUUGCCCUCUGCUCUCCGGAAAAAUACCCGCCUCUUUACAGCCAUGGCACUGGUGUCAAGAUUGCCGCAGCGCCGCGCUGAGCGCCUCAUGUUCUCGUCCUCCGACGACAAUGCAAUGUUGAAGCAAAUUCAGUCCACUCACGCCCCAGAUGGACGGGAGGUCGAGGUCACGCAUCUCCUUCGCGUCAUUGAGGAGAUCUUCCAGCAUGCCAAGCCCAUCAUCCACGCCCCUGGGGCAAAUCAGGUAGCACAUCCGAGAGUGGACAUGCUAGACGACACAGACCUCCGAGAGAUGCUCGAACUCUUGUCAUACACCAUAAACAAAAUCUCCUGUGAGAUGGCCUGCAAGUGCAUUGGCGGUGGCGAUGCUCAUGGAACGACUCUCAACAUAUUCAACAUUCUCUCAAACUACACGUGGGAUGCGAAGGUGGUGAUCGCCCUGGCGGCUUUCUCCAUAAACUACGGUGAGUUUUGGAUGCUGGCCCAGCUCUAUCCUACCAAUUACCUCGCCAAAGCAGUCGCUACCCUCAAACAAUUACCUGAGACACUAGAGCACGUGGAUACUUUAAAGCCAAGGUUCGAAGUGCUUACCGGCCUCAUCAAAGCUAUGGUGGAUUUGACCAAGUGCAUCAUCGAGUUCAAGCAGCUCCCACCUCAAUACAUUAGCCCCGAUGCACCAGAACUUCUGACCGCUACCACUCAUAUUCCUACGGCAGCUUACUGGAUCAUCCGGAGUAUUGUGGCCUGCGCUUCACAAAUUACCAACCUCAUCAGCAUGGGCCACGAGUACGCGACAUCCACAGCUGAAGCUUGGGAACUAUCGAGUUUAGCCCAUAAAAUAAACAGCAUCUACACUCAUCUCUCUAAGCAACUCGAUCUUUGCGAUCAGCUCAUCAAUGAGAAAAAGCACUUGGAAGCAUUUGAGAAGCUUGUGCACCUAUUUGCAACUCCCCACCUUGACAACAUGAAAAUUCUUCAGGCUUUAAUCUAUGCAAAAGAUGAUCAGCUUCCGCUCUUGGAUGGCUCUACUAAGAGAAGGGUUGGCCUUGACGUGCUGAGGAGGAGAAAUGUGCUGUUAUUGAUCUCCGACAUUGACCUACCGAACGAAGAACUUUUAGUCCUUGAGCAGAUGUACCAAGAGGCCAAGCAAGCCCCAACGAGGAUGGAGAGCCAGUACGAGGUAGUGUGGAUCCCAGUCGUAGGUAGGUCGACCCCGUGGGAUUCAGAGAAACAGAAGCAGUUCGAGACUCUACAAGGAAUGAUGACCUGGUACUCGGUGGUCGACCCUACGCUGAUCGAUCCCGCGGUCAUCAAGUACAUCAAGGAGGUGUGGAAGUUCAACAAGAAGGCAAUGCUCGUGGUUCUUGACCCCCAGGGCCGGGUUGCCAAUCCAAAUGCGAUCCACAUGAUGUUGAUAUGGGGGAGCCUGGCUUACCCAUUCACCAGUGAUAGGGAGGAGGUUCUCUGGAAGGAAGAGAAGUGGCGGAUCGAACUGCUUGCCAGUCCUAUAGAGCCAAUGAUAUUCAACUGGAUAACUGAAGGGAAGUACGUAUGCCUCUAUGGAGGAGAGGACAUCGAAUGGAUCCGCAAGUUCACGAACACGGCGCGUGCGGUAGCCCGAGCAGCGCAGAUCCCGCUCGAGAUGCUGUACGUGGGGAAGAGCAACCCGAGGGAGAAGGUCAGGAAGAACAGUGCCACGAUCUUGGCAGAGAACCUGAGCCACGUCCUGCCAGACCUCACCCUGAUCUGGUUCUUCUGGGUGAGGCUGGAGAGCAUGUGGCACUCCAAGGUGCAGCAGGGCAAGAGCGUGGACAGCGACCCAAUAAUGCAGGAGAUCAUGAAGAUGCUCAGCUUCGACGGGAGCGACCAGGGAUGGGCCGUGAUAUGCCGGGGCACCGACACGGCCAAGGCCAAGGGAGACGUGAUCCUGGCAGCCCUGGCGGACUACGAGUCCUGGAAGGGCCGGAUAGGCCAGAGGGGGUUCUUGCCGGCGCUGAACGACCGCCUCCAGGACCUGCAGACGCCGCACCACUGCAACCGCCUGAUCCUGCCGAGCACCACCGGGACGAUCCCCGAGCGGGUGGUGUGCGCCGAGUGUGGCCGGGUCAUGGAGAAAUUCAUCAUGUAUCGAUGCUGCACCGAUUGAGAAAGGCUUAGCAAUGAUCAAGUCAUACCAAGAAUCAAGAUGUGUUCGCUUUGGUUUGUGUGUUGUAGUUGCCGUUGUUGAACGCCAU